AUGUUGUAUGCCAUUUCUGCGCCUACACCUUGUACCAGCAUAUCUUAUCCAAGAAAACCCUGCUUCAAACUCCGGCAGUUUGCUCCCCAAAGGCUUCGUGUGUGCGCUUCUUUGCCAGAACCGAAUGGGGCCAAAGUGGAAUACACCCCAUGGCUGAUUGUUGGAUUGGGCAACCCUGGGAAUAGAUAUCAGGGGACGCGCCACAACGUUGGUUUUGAAAUGAUUGAUCAUAUUUCCCGAGCAGAAGGCAUUCCGCUGAAUACUAUACAAUCAAAGGCAUUGAUUGGAAUAGGUUGCAUUGGAGAAGUUCCAGUUUUGCUGGCCAAGCCUCAGGCAUACAUGAAUUACAGUGGAGAAUCAGUCGGACCACUAGCUGCAUAUUAUCGCGUACCUCUGCGCCAUAUCCUUGUGAUUUACGAUGAGAUGAGUUUACCUAAUGGUGUCUUACGGCUUCAGCCAAAAGGAGGGCAUGGCUAUAACAAUGGUGUAAAGAGUGUGAUUGAGCAUUUGGACGGUCGUCGUGAAUUCCCACGUUUCUGCAUAGGUGUCGGUAAUCCACCUGGAACAAUGGACAUGAAGGCUUUUCUACUUCAAAAGUUCAGCGCUGUUGAACGGAAGCAGAUAGAUGUUGCGCUGGAGCAAGGUGUUGAAGCUGUUAGAGCCCUGGUAACUGGAGGAUUCAACAGUAGAAUCACAAGAUUCAAUCUUGGACAGAAAUACAAGUACCACAAAGUUUAG